GGCUGGAGCAGAGAAGAGGAAGAAAGGGAAAAGGCUGGGAAGCAGCCCUCAAGCCGGGAGGUGCAAAAGGUGGCUUUUGGUUCUGCCCAGGGACACCUGAUAUCCUGGUUAAUUUCACCCUUGUCCACCCCCCUGAAACUCCAGCGCAGAAGCAACACUGGGGGGAAACUGAGGAAUUGAGCUGAUGGGAGACUGGCUUUCUCCCUCUUCUGCAAAAGAACCAGGGCCAGGAUUGUGGAGGAAGUGGAGAAACGAAGACGUGGAUUUUGAGAAGAGGGACUGAGACGCUUUCUGCCCAUCUUCCUUCCUCCUUUAAGCUUCCUUACAGCCAAGAGAACCUGAAAUAAUAGUACCAAGAGGUUCUCUCCUCGAGAAGAUGUCUUCCCUCCUGGCCGCCAUGGUCCUCCUCCUCCAUAGCUGAACCGUGGGGCUCCCUGACCUUCUGGAGGAUUUAGUGCUGAUGGUGCAGAAGAUAACGGGAUAAAAAAGGACAGUUCCCACCGGCUGACUGUGGAAACAGGAAAGAAGCUGAGAUCAUCCUGUUUCCUUUUCUACCCUGAGCCAUCCUAGGGGCAGCUGCAAUCCUGCCCACAACUUAUCCUAGUACUCUGUGGAAGGCACUGGCGGGGAGAGCAGCACAGCAGCCCCCCUUUUCAUUCCGCAAAGCCUUUCUGCCUUUUGGAUCCACGAGCUCCUUGGGGAAUGAGCAGUUCUGCCUCCGAACUGGUCCUGAGCCCCUGUGAAUGCACCCCUUGCCCUUCACGGGUCCAGAAGCGCCGCUGCUUGUCAGCUGUGGAGCCUCCCGCAGGAGGCUGGGAGGAGAUGGAAGAGGAAGAAGAGGAGGAGGAAGGUCGAUUCCUGGGUGUUAACAUGCGCAGGUUGGGCAUCCUUGGGAGUUCUGGUCAUGCCUACGACUCCUUCCGGAGACACAGCUGGGAGCCAGGGAAAGUGCUUGAGGAUGACCCGGAUUUUGAUCAGCGAAGCAUGAGUAUGAAAGGACUAGCCCACGAGGAAGUUGACUCCUCCACUGAGCAACUGGACGGACAUCCUCAGAGCCAAAGGGAUCCCCGCCGAGCUCCUAUCAUCCGUAGCAACGAUGAGACGGAGUCCAUGCUCUUUCAGGAUGAAGAGGAGGAUGACCAGGAAUUCUCUCAGGAACAUGCCAAGAGGAUGCAAGCAUAUCAUGCAUCCCAGAACUCCAAUUGCAGCUCUCUGUCCAAAUCUGUUUCCAUGAGUGGCAUCGACAGCUACCCGGCAGAAGCAGAUGGGAUCUCCCUUUAUGGUGACACUGUGAGCCUGUCCAAUGGCUUCGGCGCUGGGAGCUGCGGGCGGCUGGACGCCACCACGGUGGAGGCCGAAGACCAGGUGCACCCGCAGAGGGAGGGGACCACCCUGGGGCGGACCCUCAGCUUCUUAAAGAAGAUGACUGGGAAGUCAAAGAACAAAGAGAAAGAAAGGAUGAAGGAGAGCAAAGAUGCCCGCUACACCAACGGGCACCUCUUCACCUCCAUCACCGUCUCAGGCAUGACCAUGUGCUAUGCCUGCAACAAGAGCAUCACUGCCAAGGAGGCACUGAUUUGUCCCACCUGCAAUGUCACCAUUCACAACCGCUGCAAAGAUACCUUGCCCAACUGCACUAAAGUCAAGCAGAAGCAGCAAAAGGCAGCCUUGCUGAAGAACAAUUCAGCCCUGCAGACGGUGUCCCUGAGGAACAAAACCACCACCAGGGAGCGCCCCAAUUCUGCCAUCUACCCCUCUGAGAGCUUCCGCCAGACCCUGCUGGGCUCUCGCCGGGGUCGCCCCACCUUGUCUCUUUCCAAAAGCGUCUCCACCACUAACAUUGCAGGGAAUUUCAACGAUGAAUCUCCUCUUGGCCUCCGGAGGAUCCUGUCCCAGUCCACUGACUCCUUGAACAUGCGCAACCGGACCCUCUCAGUCGAGUCCCUCAUCGAUGAAGGAGCCGAAGUCAUAUACAACCAGCUGAUGAGCGACUUUGAGACUGGCGAGAAGGAUUUUGAGGCUGAUUCUUGGAGCCUGGCAGUUGACAAUAACUUCUUGCAGCAGCACAAAAAGGAAGUCAUGAAGCGCCAAGAUGUCAUCUACGAGUUGAUCCAGACAGAGCUCCACCACGUGCAAACGCUGAAGAUCAUGACCAACCUCUUCCGCAAGGGCAUGCUGGAGGACCUCCAGAUGGACGUGGCCCUGGUGCAGAGCAUGUUCCCCUGCGUGGACGAGCUCAGCGACAUCCACGACCGCUUCCUCGUCCAGCUCCUGGAGCGCCGCAAGGAGUCCCUGGCCGCCGACAGCAACAAGAACUUCGUCAUCAACCGGCUGGGGGACAUCCUCAUCCAACAGUUUUCAGGCAGCAGCGGCGAACAGAUGAAGAAGGCCUACUCUGAAUUCUGCAGCCGCCACACUAAGGCCGUGAAGCUUUACAAGGAGCUCUUUGCACGGGACAAGCGGUUCCAGCAGUUCAUCCGGAGGCUGACACGGUCGACGGUGCUGAGGCGGCAUGGGGUUCAAGAGUGCAUCCUUCUGGUGACCCAGCGCAUCACCAAGUACCCCGGGCUCAUCGACCGGAUCCUGCAGAACUCCAAAGGGAACGAAGCGGACCAGCGGGACCUGAGCACCGCCCUGACUCUGAUCAAGGAACUAAUUUCCACAAUCGACCAGGAAGUGCACGACUAUGAGAAGAACGCGCGGCUGCAGGAGAUUUACGGGCGGGUAGAUGGGCGCGCCAAGGCUGACCUGCCCUGGGAGCACGGCCCCUUCUGCAAAGAGGAGAUGCUGCGGCGCAAGCUGGUGCACGAUGGCUGCAUGCUCUGGAAGACGGCCACUGGGCGCUUCAAAGACGUCCUGGUAGUUUUGAUGACAGAUGUUCUCAUCUUCCUUCAGGAGAAGGAUCAGAAGUACACCUUCCCCACCCUGGACAAGCCUUCUGUCAUCUCCCUCCAAAGACUGAUUGUGCGAGACAUUGCCAACCAGGAGAAGGGCAUGUUUCUCCUCAGCAACACCCCGCCAGAGAUGUACGAGGUGCACACCGCCUCUCGCGAAGAGCGCAACACCUGGAUGAGGCACAUCCAGCAAGCGGUCCAGCUGUGCCCCGACCGGGCCGAUUUCCCACUCAUUGAGACAGAGAAUGAGGCCUCUCUGCGGAAGAUGAAAGAUAAGAUACUUCAGUGCGACCGGGAAAUCUCCGAACUCCUGGAGGAUAAAGUGAGGCUCUUCGCAGACAUCCUGGCCCUUCAGAGCUGCAGCGAGGACGGGCCCCUGAGCUGCGUGAACCCUCGCACCCUCUUCCGCACCGAGUCAUCCGACACCCCCCAGGGCGAGAAGCUGAUCCAGGAGGCUGUCAAAGAAGUGGAACUUCUCAAAGAUCUCUUCGUGGGACCCGGCUGGGACCGAGACCAGAACCAUAGCCAGGCUCCCAACGGGUGCUCCAGCCCAAACCCCAACAAUUCCACAAAUGGCGAAACCGGAACCAUCAACGGUUCUCUCGAAUUCAUCAGGCUUGAGUCUGACUCAAAUCAACGGGAUGGGAACGGCAAUCAGCUACAACAGAAAGUACCACAGGAGGAAGUGCUGCAGCGACUCAGGACUCUGUACUCCCUUCUUCACAACCUGCAGGGUGUUGUGGCACAUCAGGACUCGCUCCUGGAGCUUCAGCUGCAGGAGGCCGGUGAGCGGCGGGAGAGGCUGAGCCGGGCCAACUCACGCAAGGAAGGCUCCUCCUCCGCCGACCGGCAGGCCACCGACCUCUCACUGCUGCAGAAGCAGCACACGCUGCUACAGGAGGAGCUGAGCCGCUGCCGGCAGCUCUGCCAGGAGAAAGUACAGGAGGUGGCUGCCUUGGAGGUCCGUCUGCAGGAGAGCGAGCAGGAGAGGGCCCGACAGGAGCAGGAGGUGGAAGAAGCGCGCAGGCAGAUGGUGGCUCUGCGGCAGCCCCUGGAGGCGGCCUGGGGGCGCAAGGGGGCAGAGCCUCGGAGGCGCAGCUUGCCCGCAGGCGACGCUCUGUACCAAAGCUUCACCCCACCUCCGCAGAGCCGAGGAGGCGACCUGCUCUCUCCUGGCAGCCACUCCUUCCACCAGACCUUCGUCGGUUGUCAGCGGGAUGACAUGGCUUACCACGGUGCGCCUGGUAGACUCCAGGAGGGUGACCAUGAUCUGGAGGUGCUCCCCGAGGAAGGAGGAGGGGUUGCCCACCCACAUUCUCCCCCUUCGAGCCCAAGAGAUUUCCAGAGGAUGCAGGACAUCCCGGAGGAGGCCGAGAACACCCAGGAACUGAAUGUCGGAGACGGCGGCUCCUCAGAGAGCUAGAUGGUGUGGCAGGGUGGGGUUACGUUGGGGUACCGCUGCCCCCAACCAAACUCCAGGUUUCCUCCAAUCAAAGCCAUGCCUGGAACUUCAGGGACUUGGAAAGGCCACACCAAGCUAACUUUGGAGUGGGCUGUGGGCGGGUAAGAGGGGAGGGGGUAGCGGGAAACCACGCCCUGAGAGUGGGGAGAGGUGCCGGGAACUGGGUCAGAGCUCCCCCCUGGGGACCACCGCUUGAUCUGUGGCCUUGAUCAUUCCUCAUUGAUGGGCGAUGGGGCAGGGGGAGGACCACCUUCUUAUUGCCCCACAGGGCGUCUUCUUCAAUUCAGAUUGCGGGGAGGGCGGGGGAUGACCUGGAGAGUUCGGGUGCCAUGAAUACCUGGGAUGUGGCUGAUUCCGAACCCCACCCCACCUCUGUUUAGUUGAACUUUAUUUAUUUUGGGAAUGGGUGGAGCCUGCCCUCCUCUCCUUACAAAGAAUAAGUUUUAAAUUAUUCUUUAUUUUAUUUUAUUUUAUUGCUUCUCCAUGGGUCUCUGUGCACAGGGCAAGAAGUAGUGUUUUCUGCUUUCCUGGCCAACCUCUGCAUCUUGAGAAGGGGAAGGAGGAAGGUCUGUCAACCCAAGACAGUCCAUAUGAGACCACAGAAUUCUUACACUGCAUGUGUCCCAGCACCAGGUUUGUGUGCCUGGUGUCCUUGGAGUUGUGGAUUUAACCCCUCAUCAGGGAUUCCCCCCCCCCGGUC